CACAUGUCCGUUGUAUAUUACAAAUUUAAGGCCGCCAAAGAUCAAGACUUCGACGUUUAUACUUUUGACGGGACCGGCACUUCAGUCUUCGAUCUAAAGCGAGAGAUCAUACGUGCGAAAAAGUUAGGAAAAGGAACUGACUUUGAUCUAGCGAUUUAUAAUUCACAGUCAAAUGAAGAAUACAAAGAUGAUCUUUUUACCAUUCCGCGCAAUACCUCCAUCAUAGUACGACGAUUACCACCAUCAAGACCAGGUAAAGGUACUGCUCAACGAUAUGUCAGUGGCGCGAUGCCAAAUGAUGGAAAAGGUUUAGGACAAAGCGGUGCUGGCGUAUUACGAUCGGGAGCUCCGAAUAAUGGACCAGGAGAACGCUUUGGCUCUGGAAGAAGCAACGUAUUUGAUGCGAGACAGCAGCGAAUGCAACAGCAUCAAUCAUCACAGGUCCAACCCAUGCAUUUACCUGCAGACCAACAACAGCCAUCUGCAGAUCCAGCACCUGAAGACGACUCAGAAGAAGCGAAAAUCAAAGCCAUGUUCCAGCAAACAACUGAUCAAUGGGGACAAAUGCAGGAAAAAAUGGCAGAGCAACAAUAUAUCCCAUACAUGGGCCGUGGAGGUGGAGCAGACUGGCGAGGAGGUCGUGGUGGACGGGGUGGUAGUCGUGGUGGGUUCACACCUGGUGCCGGGCGAGGACAGGAUCCCAACAACGCAAAUAUGCCACAAAGAGCACCACCGCCAAAUUACAUUUGUUUCCGGUGUGGUGAAAAGGGUCAUUUUAUCAACAAUUGCCCCACGAACGGUGACAAGGAAUUUGACAAACAUCCUCGUAUUAAGCGAACUACUGGUAUCCCUAGAAGCUUCUUGAAGGUUAUAGAACAACCAAAGACGGUGGUUCAAAGCGGUACUGGAGGUGUUAUGGUUACUCCUGGGGGUGACUUGGUUGUAGCUGAAGCAGAUUCGGUAUCCUGGCAACAAUAUCAAGCCAAGUCAUCUGCCUUGGGAUCUAACUUGAACGCCGAACUUGGAGAUCUUAUUGACACAAUACCAGUCCCUGAUGACCUACAAUGCCCAAUAUGCUUAGGAAUAUUCAAAGAAGCAGUCAUUACACAGUGUUGCGGUACAAGCUAUUGUGAUGAAUGCAUUCGAUCUCAUAUGCUGCUUAAUGAUCUCAAAUGCCAAGAUUGUCAAGAAGUCGUACCAGGUGGUACCGAUGGUCUCAUACAAAACGUUGAUGUUCGACAACGAGUAAACAAUUACGUACGAGAAUUCGCUCGUAACCAGAUGGCGAAUGUGGGAAUGAAACGAGGUGCAGAGGAGACCGAUCUAGAAGAAUCUGAAGAAGCAAUUAGCAAUGAGGCAAAGAUACCACGAACGGAAUGAAUGAUGCGAUCAUCGCCUGUGAAUCGACAACCUGGAAUCUUCCACAGAUCUUAUUUGACUACGUAGCUAUGAUCAGUUUCAUAAAAUGUAAAUUUUUGUUCUUCGUUAAAAGAAAUACAGCUAAUGUGAAAAUCCAUCGCUUUCUAUAAUUGAAUAUUUACGUAUUGUUUAGCUUUAUGCCCGCUGAGGUUCUAGAACCAACGAUUUCAAUACAUUUGAAAAAUUCCC